AUCAAUUAAAAUUAUUAGAGAAUUUCAUAAGAGAUCGAAGUAGGAAUAUUUGGUCACACAUCUUGUUCAAAUGUUCAAUGCCAGUGUAGACAUGGGUUUUAAUCUGUAAGUAAUUUAUACAGGUAUAAUACUGUAAUAAUAACUUGGGCAUUAUCCAGGAAUAAGCCGUACAGAAUGUUUCACGUCAAACAGCACAAUUCAUGUGCACAGAGCACAACAGACUUAUAAAGUUGUUUCCAAAAGUUCCUUUAAAAUAUGUGAAAGAUUAUUUUCUGCUAGUGAUUAAUACAAUGUAAGUGCUUAAACCUUUAGAUAUGAUCAAAUAUUGUGAUCGAGUAAUGGAGAUCUUAUUGGAUUCAUACAUGCUGACCUUACCAAAUUCUGCAUAAUUUAAACGACUAUUUCUUUAGAACCAGUUGACAGUGAAAUGUUCCCUUUAAUUAUCAAUUCAGAGUUAAUUAACUGUAAAAUUUAAUCAAUUUAAAACCAAAACGUGAAUUUCAAAUGUUGAUGUGGUAUGUAUUACAGACAUUAGAUUUUACUUUACUGUCAUGUUUGUAUGUACUCUACUGAAUUCAAAAUUUGAAUAUAGGUAUAUGUUAAUAUAGCUCAAUCUUUAAUUAUAUCUAGGCUAUGCUCAUAUUUUGUGUAUAAAGUAAUAUUGAAAUCUAAAUGUAUGCUAACAUUGUCAGGUAUUCAUAUUGUACAAUGUCAUAUCAACUUGGUAAAUGAAAGCACCCACUACAGACACUAGUAAUCCAUGAAUGCUGAGCAUGGGAAUUCAAUCACAUACAGGGCUCUGUAAAGAUCCUAUCUUCAGGACUCUUCAAGUGAGAGGGGCGUCGCUGCUACGUGCGAUGGAGAAGUAUGAGAACCUGGGUCUGGUGGGGGAGGGCAGCUAUGGGAUGGUGCUCAAGUGUCGCCACAAAGAGACCGGUCAACUGGUGGCCAUCAAAAAGUUCCUGGAGAGCGAGGAUGAUAAGAUGGUCAAGAAAAUCGCUCUCCGCGAAGUCAGGAUGCUUAAGCAACUGCGGCACGACCACCUGGUGAAUCUGAUUGAGGUGUUCCGGAGGAAGAAGAGGCUGUACCUGGUCUUUGAGUUUGUGGACCACACAGUUCUGGACGAGCUGGAGAAGUGUCCCAAUGGUCUGGACGAAAACACAGUGCGCAGAAUCCUGUGGCAGGUCCUGAAGGGGACAGAGUUCUGCCAUCUACACAAUAUUAUCCACAGAGACAUCAAACCAGAAAACAUACUGGUCAGCAAGUCGGGGAUAGUGAAGCUGUGUGACUUUGGAUUCGCUAGGACGCUCGCUCAGCCAGGGGAGACGUACACAGACUAUGUGGCGACCCGGUGGUAUCGAGCCCCAGAACUUUUGGUGGGGGACACCAAGUAUGGCAGGGCUGUAGAUAUCUGGGCAAUAGGAUGUCUGGUGGCGGAGAUGUUGACCGGGGAACCCCUCUUCCCCGGGGACUCCGAUAUAGACCAACUCUACCAUAUCGUCAAAUGUUUUGGUAACUUGACCCCCAGGCAUAAGGAGGUAUUUCUCAGGAACCCAUUAUUUGUCGGGAUGCGACUACCAGAAGUUAGAGAAAUUUCACCGCUAGAAAAGAAAUUUACUAGGAUAUCACCACAGUCAUUAGAAUUAAUGAAGCAAUGUUUACGACUUGAUCCCGAUGAGAGGCCAACAUGUACUCAACUAAUCAAACACGACUUCUUCUCCAAAGACAACUUCACCACACGGUUUCAGAAUGAUUUAAAACAGAGAAUAGAGCGGGAAAAUCAAGGAAACCCACUGAAAACCCCCAGUGACAAAGAUGAUGAUGACAGCAAGGGCAACAAAAAGAAGAAGAAGGCAGACAACAAUAAGGAUUCCAAAGCUUCAGAAGAUAAAAAGAAAAAGGUGCAAGAUAAUGAAAAGACUGUGAAAAAAGCAGCAAAUCCUAACACUGUUAAUGGAACUGGUAAUGUGUCCCUACCCGGUCCUAGUAAUCAGUCCAAAAACAAGUCAGACAGCUCGGUCAACGAGGCCAAAGUGGACAUUAAGGACAAAAAAUCGGACAAAAAUGACCGCAAACCAGAGGACAAAUCCGACAAGAAGUCGGGGGAAAAUAAACGGAAGUCUGAGGAGACAAGUGAGAAAAAAGACGGUAAAAAAGCAGAGGAUCAUAAGAAAUCGGACGAUAAAGUGGAAAAAUCGGAUGAUAAACAGUCUGAGUGUAAAGAGAACGAGAAAGACAAGGAGAAUAACAAGGACAGCACUGUGUCUGCUGUUUCCUCGUCCAGUAUACCCCCCAUCAACAGUUCAGGACACACCGUUCAUGUAUCCACCCCCCCAUCAAUGCCCGCAAUCAGCAGACAGCCUCUAGUCAUUAGAUCCCAGUACUUAAGUCUUGCCAGUCCAACCAUGGGUUUCAAUACUGCAAACAAUCUAAGUCUGUCCAAUUUAAUGAGUUCUUCCAUCUCUGGUCCUCCCCCGCUCAGGGUUAGUGAUAAGAUGGUCAAGAAGCCGCCACCCAAUCUGAGUAAGAAGACCCCCAUCACCAGUCACCACAGCACCACCCUCAGUCCCCAGCCCCUCCAGUCCGAGCGAAGCUUCCUCCAUGAUAAGGUGCAGGAAAAGAUGAAGGCCAAGAGUCCCGACAAAAGGGAGAAGGAGUUCAUAACCCUACCAGAGGUCAAAGGUGCUGAAGCUCAUCCGACUAAAACCAAACUGAAGCAGAACCACUCCCUGCAGAGGUCCUCUGUAGCCACCAUACCUCACAUCACUAACAUCGACCCAUUCUCAGGAACGCCGAAUGACGCUCAGAGUUCUGAUGGGAAAGAGGGCAAUCUCCCUAAUGUCUGAUAAACAUAGAUAUAUUCCUGGAGUCUUGAUAAUACGAUGUGGAUAUAUCCCAGGAGUCUGUCAGAUUCCCGAGCCUUACCUCUACAAAAGCAACACACGAUGUUCACAGGAGGAGAAUGUGGAAUAAGUAGACUGUGGACUUUGUGUUGACUACAUGUACUUGUAUUUUCAUAUCCAGUCGUUCAAAGUAUGUAAAUGUCCGACUGUUGCCAGCAAGAAAACAAAGCCAUUUUGAAUGCAUUUUCUUGAGCAAAAUUUGGAAGUGGAAUUGAUUGUUUUGUGCAAAGAUGUUCAAUCAUUUAUAUUUUUCAUGAUAAUAUAAUUAAUGUUCCUCAUACAAUUAUCUGUACAUGUUUUAUGUACUUGUAUCCAAAUAUUUCUUCCAAGAGCAAGAUUUAUUGUAUGUGAUGUAUCCUAUACAUUAUGCUAAAAGUGAAGAACUUGGUAUAAAAUAUAAGUCUAGAAUAAUUUAGUACAGGGUCAGUAGAUUUAGGAUUCCAGUAAUUUAUUGAUGAUGCAGAAUUGUCAUCCUGCUGUAAUGGUGCUGACUAAAAAUCUGUAGCUAUCUAAAUUCUCAGUGAUGGCAGAUUCUGCUAACGCUCUUCUCUAUUUCCAAAUGAAUAAUACUCACUCACCGAUUCUGUAGCUAGGCGACCAGUGAUCUAAUAUAAUUCCGAUGUACCAGUAUUAUCAGUAUUACCACAGACCUAAAUCUGAUUGGAGAGUUCGUUGUAAUGAGGCGACGCUGUAUGGAGAUUCUUCUAAUCUUGAGGUGACUGUAGAAAUGUGUGCGUAACUUCUAGAACUUAUUCAGUGCAGAGACAAUACUAGUGAAUCUACCCGACUACAAUUUAAAUGAAUCUACCUGACUACAAUUUAAAUGAAUCUACCUGACUACAGUUUAAAUCAUGUGUGAAACUGACUGGACAAUGAAAUCACAGUGAACUGAAAGGUGACUGUAAUUGCAUGAAUCUUGAAUUUACAGGAAAAUUAUACAGGUGAUCCCAUGAACCUUAUGGUGACUCGGGAAAUAUCAAGUGAUGCCAGGAGUUUUGUUGAGACUUCACUACGGCUAUUUUUGGGGUUUUUUUUAUGGCUUACCUGUAUUUGAAAAAAAGUUCUACAUAGAUUAUUCUUCAUUUUGAAAUAUAUACUGUUGGACUGCUUGUUAUGUAUUAAAGAAUUAAGGAGAAUAUAAGUAAUAUCUGAUGAUAAACUACGCAAUAAUUACUGUUCUGAAAAUGAAAGCAUACCAAUACAGCUCGUAAUCCAGUUACCAGUCAGUCAGUUGUCUCGUAUAGGCUUGUGUAUAGGAGUAACCAGACAGUUGGUCUCGUAUAUAGGCUCGUGUAUAGGAGUAACCAGACAGUUGUCUCAUAUAGGCUCGUGUAUAGGAGUAACCAGACAGUUGGUCUCGUAUAUAGGCUUGUGUAUAGGAGUAACCAGACAGUUGGUCUCGUAUAUAGGCUUGUGUAUAGGAGUUCUUCUAUGAAAUCUAGUCAAAACACAUACUGAUCGUGUGUGUCAAAUGAUUUCAUUUAUUAUUACAUGUACUACAAAAAUGUAAUAGCAACCCAGGAAAGUUUACCUGCAUGCCCUGUGCAAUCAAACAUCUAGAGUAAUAGCUAAAUAGAAAGUUUUGCUCAAAGAGCUAUUGACUGGAAUAGUAUAGUGUAGAAAACGAAAUAGGAAAUUGUUCAUCCACAGCAGAAGAAACCUAAACAGUGAAAUACUUUACAUGCAGUAGAAGUCCAUGAGUGUGAAUCUAACUCAUUAGAAAACCAUUAGUUUAAAUCAAAUGUAAAUUGAUGGGGCAUAUUGCACAUGUAUGGCUAUGUACAAAACAUAUACUCCAGUGCUUUGAGAGAGAGAGAAAGGGAGAGAGAGAUUUAUUUGAUGAUUUAUCUAUUUAUUGUGUGUGAUCAUUCCGAGAGUGCACCAAUCAGGGGCCUUCUCUCUAUUUUCUUACAGAGCUUCAUCUCUUUCAGUGUUCAAUGUGUUCCAAACCAAGCAUCAUUACUAUGUUGGUUCAGAAAAAAAUCCUUAUUAGUAUAUUAUUUUUCUACCAAGUUGAAUGCAAUGCAAUGUCGAUUAACUGUUAAAGUGCUUAUUUAUGUCGGUAGUUAAGUAUGCAUCAAACAAUACAGAUGGGUGUCUAAUACGCGGUUGCAUUAUUUACCACUGUUAAGUUUGAAUUGUUGUAAACAUGUGCAUGGGGGUAUUUUAUGCAGUUUAAAGCUUACAGCGUAACUUGUGUAAAUCCCCCCCCCCCCCCUUGCAUAAAUAACCAUUUUUACAGUACUAUGUAAAAUAUUGCACAUCAGCAACUUUUGCAAACUAUUUUUUAUGAAAUAAAAAGGGAGAUGACUCAUGGUUUUUUAAAUUUCAUACUUCCAUAAAUUGAUAGGGAAAACCAUUGCUCUAUGCAAAAAGAAUCAAUGCACCAAGAGUUGCUGUGUUAAACCUCAUUUUCACACCAAUUGCUCAAACUUCUCCUGAUCAUAUGAUAAAUGCAUUUAUAUACACAUAUCCAGUAUUGUUUGCAUAAUUAUUGAUUAUUCAGUAUUGAAACCUAUUUAAAUAUUGUUUACACUUGAACCUUGUAUAAUUGUUAAAGGAUGUUGUUUUGUUAUAUUAAUGUGUAUUUUUCACUCUUUGGGUGCUUGUAUCAUACUUCAGUAAGAAAUAAAUAUGGAAAUUUG